AUGGAGAUCGCGCUGGUGACUCUGGAGGACGGCGGCGCCACGGCCAUCGAGGGUGGCGAGGAUGCCGCGGCCGGCGGCAGCGCCCGGGCCCGGCGGAGGGGCGACUUGCUCCCCAUCGCCGGCUCCGCCGCCGCGCCGCGGCUGAGCGACGGCAAGGAGGGCAGCCCGCUGCCGCUGCCAGCGGGCGACGAGCGGGAGCAGCCCCCGCCGGCCCCCCUGGGAGGCAGCGGGAGGCGCCGCAGCAGCAGCAGCAGCAGCCGCAGCCGCAGCAGCAGCAGCAGCGCGGGCAGCCCCAGCGGGCAGGCAGAGCUGUGCGGAGCGGCCCCGCCGCCGCCUCCCCCGCUCUCCGGUGCGGCGGUGGAGAUGGGUCCCCCGGAGGAAGGGGGACACCGCCGGGGCAUGGCCAUGGCGGCGGCAGGCGAGGAGGAGGAGGAAGAGGCAGCCUUGGUGGCAGCGAAUCGGGGCGCCAUGCACCACCAGCGGGUGCUGAUAAACAUCUCGGGGCUGCGCUUCGAGACCCAGCUGGGCACCCUCAGCCAGUUCCCCGACACGCUGCUGGGCGACCCGGAUAAACGUAUGCGCUACUUCGACCCGCUCCGCAACGAGUACUUCUUCGACCGGAACCGGCCCAGCUUCGACGCCAUCCUCUACUUCUACCAGUCGGGAGGCAAGCUCCGCCGGCCCGUCAACGUCUCCAUCGACGUCUUCGCUGAUGAGAUCCGCUUCUACCAGCUGGGUGAGGAGGCCAUGGAGCGCUUCCGGGAGGACGAGGGCUUCAUCAAAGAGGAGGAGAAGCCCCUACCCCGUAACGAGUUCCAGCGCCAGGUCUGGCUCAUCUUUGAGUACCCUGAGAGCUCCAGCUCAGCCCGGUCCAUCGCCAUCGUCUCUGUGCUGGUCAUCCUCAUCUCCAUCAUCACCUUCUGCCUGGAGACCCUGCCAGAAUUCAGGGACGAGAGGGAGAUGCCUGUGCCCCUGCCCCCACAAAGUGGAGGUUUGAAUGGCACGACUGAGGACUCCCUACCCAUGCAGCCACCCAAUAGCCUUUCUGACCCCUUCUUCAUCAUUGAGACUACCUGUGUGAUCUGGUUCACCUUUGAGCUCCUUGUCCGCUUCUUCGCCUGCCCCAGCAAGCCUGAGUUCUCCCGCAACAUCAUGAACAUCAUCGAUAUUGUGGCCAUCAUCCCUUACUUCAUCACCCUGGGCACCGAGCUGGCCCAUGAGCAGAAGCAGCCUGGGAAUGGCAGUGGCAAUGGGGGUGGGGGCCAGCAGCAAGCCAUGUCCCUGGCCAUCCUGAGAGUCAUUCGCCUGGUCAGGGUCUUCAGGAUCUUCAAACUCUCCAGGCACUCCAAGGGUUUGCAGAUCUUGGGACAGACUUUGAAAGCCAGCAUGAGGGAGCUGGGCCUCCUCAUCUUCUUCCUCUUCAUUGGGGUGAUCCUCUUCUCCAGUGCUGUCUACUUUGCUGAGGCUGAUGACCCUGAGUCUCAUUUCUCCAGCAUCCCUGAUGCUUUCUGGUGGGCAGUGGUCACCAUGACUACUGUGGGCUAUGGGGACAUGCGACCUGUGACUGUGGGGGGCAAGAUUGUGGGUUCCUUGUGUGCCAUUGCGGGUGUGCUCACCAUCGCCCUGCCUGUCCCUGUCAUUGUAUCCAACUUCAACUACUUCUACCACCGAGAGACUGAUCAUGAAGAGCAAACUGUCCUCAAAGAUGAGCACAGUAGUGCUCAGGGCAGCACAGCAGGGGAAGAUGCGAAGAGAAGAUCCAGUGGAAACUCUCUGGACAAAUCUGUUGUGCACUUGGAAAACAGUGAGGGGUUCAGCAGUGGCACUGGCUCCUUAGAGAAAGCCAAUAUCAAAGCUAGAAGUAAUGUAGAUCUCAGAAAAUCUCUCUAUGCUUUCUGUCUGAACACCAACAGGGAAACAGACCUGUAAGGAGAGGAGAGAGAGUUCAGAGGUGCAAAAGUAUUUGCUGCUGUCAGAAACUUAUAAUUAUACUUUUGGUACGAGUUAGUUUUUUAAACCAGACUGUAUUUUAUAAAUUGAUCACUGCCCUGAGCAGUCCUCCAGGAAUACUUGUUUUUAUGUUCUUUUUCCAUGACACAAAGGGUCACCUAUUUUUAAAAUAGACUAAGAAUAAGCUACGCUCCAUGAUGCAGGAGCUGGUAAAUUAUAACAGUGCAAAAUCUAAUUUGUAGAAACUUGUUCUAGCAAAUUUUUGUUGGUUUUAAAUGGGUUAUUUGUAAGCAAUUCAGUUACUCCAAGUUUAGUAUUAAAGAGCUGGGGGCUGUAUGUGAGAAGAAUGAAUGGGUUUGGAGGGGGGAAAUUAAGGUUUUUUGUACUGUAGUUUCAAACUUAAAUUAUUCCAGUAUAUUUUAUAUCUGUAUUUAUGGUUGAAAGGGGAUUUCUCAUUCCUGUGAAAUACAAGGUUGUUAAAGCACUGGCAACAUUAGCAGAUCAGCACUUUCAGAUUUCCCAGUUGUCAUCCAUCGGUACAGAUCUGGUUAUCUAGUAUGUGAAGUGAAUUUGGUGCUUUUAACCCUACUGCAGAAAACUUUCAUUGCCACUGUUGUGUUAGUUUCUUGUGAGCCUUAAAUUAUUAAAUAUUGUAGACAUACUUCUUUACAAAUAGUUUUAUUAAUUACCUUACUGUUUCAGAAUUUCUAAAUA